ACUUCAUCGGAAGGCGUCCGACUUUAUCAUACAAUCUACUUUUUGGCGUUCCGGACGAAAAUAAAGGAGAGGCAUUCAAGUUGUAAGAUGAAGUUACUUUUCGUCAUCACCUUUUUCCUCUGCAUUUCUGUUGGUAAGUUCAAGUACUUUUUUUCACAGACUAAUUUUACUGUUGCUUAAGUUACAAGCUUGGGUAAAAUACACUCGCUCGGCUCUUGGCGCACGACGAGUUGUGGUCGGUUUAUAUCUUCAAUUUUCCUUCAUUACCUGGUUUUGUUCGGAAUUUACUAAUUAGAAUUAGUGCACGGUUCUCGGCAUAAAGAAAAUUGAGGGAUUAGGCGCGAUUAUUUACACAUUUACACUUGAAAUCCUGGAAAACACACAAAUAAUUUACAUUCAGCCAGCGCCCAUUUCUAGCGUGUGAUGACUCACUGAACAUCAAACUGACGGAUUCCAAGGUUAUUUUGAGUCCAGCUUCGUCAAUUAUGCUUUGCUCGCCAUUGGAAAGCAGUAAAUUGACUAAUUAAGAUAUGGUAGAAAAAAUUGCGCAACAAAGUGCUUAUUAGUCAAUUCUUCAUUUUUUUCCAACAACAUUGCGUCGAUGAAAUUAUGUAGCUGUCGCUACAGAAUUCUUUAUUUUCCGUUUUAUUUGAACGUAUGCUUGGAGAGGCAACUGCUAAUUUUCGUAUUGAGUGUAAAUUUCGUUAUGGGCGUACAUCACAGAUGAUGUUUCGAAAUACGCUAAUCGCAAGGAUGUUUGAGAAGAUGAUACUUAAGCUAAAACCAUUCACUAUCUAGCGGUAACUUCUCGUCCCGGUUGCGUCGCACUGUCGUCGCCAUAACCCAUCUUAUUGAAGAUGGAAGGACGAAGAAACUACAAUGUUACCCAAUAAGUUGUUUGUUCUCCUUUGUUUUAAAGAAGUAAUUCCAUUCUGAAGAGCUGCCAAUGAAUUAAAAAAAUCUUCUUUUCCUACCUUAGGAUACGGCUUGAAGUGUUACAAAUGUUUGACCACCAAAGGCUGGGAUGACUGCAAGGACAUCAAAAAAGAAAUGGAUUGUCCUGCCGGAUACGAUCGCUGCUUCAAAGCGUCUGCACACGUAAAAGAUGAAGGUGCAUCCGUUGAAGAAUAUGGCAAAGGCUGUAUGACUAAAGAAAAUUGCAAUACUGACCUGAGCACACUCGACUUCUGUAAAGGCAAGGGAAAGUGUAAACUGGAUUGUUGCUCCGGUGACCUGUGUAACGUUGCCACACUACAGAAAGUCAGCGCCGCUGCUCUUAUCGCAUGCACUUUAAUGGCUUUGCUGUAUUAGAAUGAAAAGAUGCAGUUUUCUUAGUUGUUGUUGAACUUUGUAGCUAUAGACAGAAACUAAAGCAGCUGUUAUUAAUAUCUUUUCCAAUGUUUCAUUUUUUUAAACAUCGCAAGCAAUACUUUAACCAAGCCUAAGAAACAGAUUAUUUUGAAAAGCUGUUCCAUUUUUUAAUAAAGGGUAGUUCAAAGUUUU